CGAUGAUGCAACUGAGCGCGAGCAGCCCCUCAUUCACCCCACUAACACACCCCUAUCUACCUAUCUUCAUGUGUAACAAGAGCUCCCAUCACAUCAUCCCGAGCCUUUCUGUUGCGGUCUAAUUCUUAAUUCUAUAAAAGCCUCAUUCACUACCCAUCGUCCGUUCGUGACUGUCACUCAUCAAUUCUCAACUUCACAAACAAAGUAAACCACCAAGAUGGCCCUCCCACCCAAAUUCAACGCCCAUCGCCUCACCUUCUCCUCCUCAUUAACCUCAGCCCCCGAACCAAAGCACACCAUCGAGCUCUUCCUCGACUACGUCUGCCCCUUCUCAGCCAAACUCUUCAACCAUCUCUACAACAACAUCAUCCCCAAAAUCAUCUCCCCCAACCCCUCCCUCUCCUCCAAAGUCGACUUCAUCAUCCGUCAACAAAUCCAACCCUGGCACCCCUCCUCCACCCUCGUCCACGAAGCCGCUCUCGCCGUCCUCCAACUAACCAACUCCCCCGCCAAAUUCUACCAGUUCUCCUCCACCCUUUUCACCCACCAAAAAUCCUACUUUGAUAUCUCCCUCGUGAACGAAACCCGCAACCAGACCUACCGCCGCCUCGCCAAGCUCGCCUCGGACACCAUCUCUGACCUGGACGAGGAAGCCGUCUACAACCUCCUCGCCAUCCCCUCCCAACCGGGCGAGGACGGCGCCCUCAACGCAGGCAACGCCGUCACAAACGACGUGAAGCUGAUCACCAAAAUCAACAGACUUCUCGGUGUUCAUGUCACGCCUACUGUAAUCUUCAAUGGCGUUGUAGCGAAUGAGAUUUCGAGUGGGUGGACUGAGGAGCAGUGGAAGGAGUGGUUGGACAAGAAUAUUGUUUAGCUUAGGAGAGAUAGCAUGCACUAAAAAGACUAAAA